AUGACUCUCAUUCCUUGGCGGAAAGGAAAACCGGUUGUCUGGGAUUUCACAUGCGUCGAUACUUUGGCUCCUUGUCACGUUCCUUCGACUUCUGUAUCCAGCGGUGCAGCAGCUUCAUCAGCGGAAUUGUCAAAAACACGGAAAUACAAUUAUUUGGGAGAUAAUUUCAUUUUUUAUGCAAUAGGAAUUGAAACAUUUGGUACCUUAGGCCCCCAAGCAUUGGAGUUCAUUCGUGAAAUCGGCAAUAGGAUAUCCAAAGAAACGAAUGACCCAAGAGCUACCUCUUUCUUGAUUCAAAAAAUUAGCAUUCUGAUUCAAAGAGGAAAUGCAGCUUCAUGUUUAGGUACAAUUCCUCAAUCAAAAACCCUAAGUGAAUUAUCAAUGUUUCCCAUGAACAAAAUGUAUCGGCAUGUACAGACAGUGCAAGAACUGGAGUUGUGCAGUUUGAUUAUAAAAGAGAAUUCGGUUCAACAAGUUAAGGACGAGGUUCAUAUUCAAAGAAUUUGCGGUCACCAUCCAUUCAUAGUGAACUGUCCCGCUCAGUGGCAAAGCAGAAGGCGGUUAUAUAUUGUUUCUGAUUUCAUUGGAGGAGGGGAAUUAUUUGAUCUGCUCAGAACUUAUAUCACUUUUCCCAUUGCUCUGGUACAACUUUAUGUUGCUCAGAUAGCUCUUGCUCUAG